GACAAGGCAAACAUGGCCGUGAACAACGAGACCAAGCUGGGCAAUGUGCUUAACAUCAUCAUUGCUGUCAUGAACAUUGCUGUGGCGAUUCUGAUCGGAACGUAUGCGGUGAUCGAGCUGAUCAUUCCGGCGGAGGAGAUCCGCAGUGUGGUGGUCGGCGUGUUUCUGGUGCUCUUCUGCCUGAUCAUCAUCUCGUCCGAGUUUGUGCGGCCGAUGCUGUUCUACACGUUUGGCGGUUGCAUCCGCGACUACUUUGGCAUGGGCGUCCUGCUCAUCUUCCUCGGCGCGCUCGCGCUGGGCGAGGAGGACUUUGCGCUUGUGACUGCAGUUGUCUCGUUUGUUUGGGGCUGCGUCAACGUGCUCUUCCAGUUCCUGCCCAUCCCGCGGCACUCGCCGCUGUUUGCCACCCAGGCGUCGAUCGACUUUAUCGACGGCAAGCUGCACAUGGUCGGGUCGGCCAAGAUGGCGGCCAUCGAGAAGAAGGCGGCGAAGAAGUCGUCCAAGAAGGGGGCGAGCAAGGGCAAGCCCGCACCGGUCAAGAAGGCGUCCAAGAAGUCGUCCACUUCUGCAUCCAAGAAGGCGUCCAAGAAGACGUCCAAGAAGACGUCCAAGAAGGCCAAGCAGCCGGUGCCGUCGACGGCCUCGCUCACCACGGUCUCGGACUCGGACUCGGACUCUGACGAGUACUCUUCCUAAGCUGCCAAGGUGCCAAGGUGCCAGAUGUGGUCGUGGUCGUGGUCGUGGUCGUAUGGUAAAGCUCAACCAUAGCAUCAG